CUCAACCCUAACCUAUUCCAGUUUCUCCAUCCCCUCGCACCCGCCGCCUCCUCGGAUCGUCCCUGCCGGAGAGACGCCGGAGAGCGCGAGCAAACCCUAGCCUCCCACGAUGGUGCUGCAGAACGACAUCGACCUGCUCAACCCGCCGGCCGAGCUCGAGAAGCUCAAGCACAAGAAGAAGCGCCUCGUCCAGUCCCCCAACUCUUUCUUCAUGGACGUCAAGUGCCAGGGUUGCUUCAACAUCACUACUGUGUUCAGCCACUCCCAGACUGUCGUGGUGUGCCCAGGCUGCCAAACAGUGCUCUGCCAGCCAACCGGUGGCAAGGCCAGGCUAACUGAGGGCUGCUCCUUCCGCCGCAAGGGCGACUAAACCUUUGAAGGCUACCUAAAAAAGCAAGCCAUUGUUGAACUUUGAGUUUCUCCAGGGCGUUAGUCUGAAGAUUUUGCAUUGUCGGCAAGUUGAACCCAUCUUUGGUAAUGUGAUAUCUAGCUUGAGUAAUAUUAUGAUGACCACUGUACUAUGUUCCGUUUGGGUUGUGAGAUCAGACUAGUAGUACCAGCCUGGCAUUAUGUUUGUCUUCGAUGAACUGUUAUUCCUUCUGAUGUUGCUUUCUCUGCUAUAUGCUCUUGAAUCUUUUAUUGCUUUCA